AUGUUGUUCUCGUCCCCUUCGGUUGGGUCUCUCUUUGCCACUGCAAAAGUUUUCCACUUCUUUCUCUUCUCCUCUGGGUCUUCCGAGUGGCUGCUCACAAAAUUUCUGAACGACCUGGAGAAAAAGCUAAUUCCCGUUGGAGGAAAGAUGUCCUAUGCCCACAUUAAAGAAACCGCUGUGAAGGUUUCCGUUUCUGUCACUGAUUCUGUCUCUUUGGAAAAGAUUUUAGCCGACACUUCGGCUGCGCACAGUGUCUCUCUCUCUGUCAGACUGCCUGCGUAUCUUCUGAGCAACAAAGACUCUUUUCUCAUGGAGCUGGAGAACAUUGCCUCCUGGAACAACACGAAACUUGAAUACGACUUCAAGCAGACGUAUCUUUCUGCAAAGAUAGUUGGCGCUGCGCAGAAAGCCUUCCAGACGCGCACGGAAAUAUUUAAAAUCAUCGAGAAAAUGCACGGGAGAUCUCCCGUGUACGUAAACUCGCACGUGCAUGGCGCGCGCAUAGUGGCGGAUGGGGGCAGGGUUUAUUUUGAGAGCAAAAUUUUGAACACAAAAGCUCUUAUCUCGAAAUCGCAGAAUGACUACAUCAGCGCAACCUCUGUGGAGGGCGCAGUCUACAAAGAAACCCUGCGCGCUGACAGGAUCUCUCUCUCCUACAUCAUGAUGUAUCUGCGGCACAUUCUAGAAGAUAUUUUGGUAAAAAACGAGGCGUACAUUGAUGAAAUAACACACGAAAACGAAUCAUCGAUUGUUUUUAUCUCUGGCUUCUGCAAAAAACUGCUCAGCGAUGCCCUGCUGGAGAUCAGGAUGCUUUUUAUAUCGAUUGUGUCUGUGCAAAUAAAAAACAUCGACCCGUACACAACUGCCAAAGUGUUUCUCUUUGAGGUGGACAGCUCUGUUACGAUAGUUGGAGAGACGUGCGAAAUUAAAAAGCUGCUGCGCGAAGUAGAUCUUCCGUGUGAAAUAUCCAUCUGCAUUCCUCCUGCAAUCGAAGAGUUUAUAUGCGGAAAAAAGAACGGAAAAAUAAAUAAAGUAUCCCGCGAGAGCGACUGUGCUCUCUCGAUUCGCAAGGACAGUAAUGUUUUUGUGCUCAUUCAGGGAGGAUCGCACAAUGCAGAGUUUUCUCUUUCUCUGAUCGAAGACGAGCUGCCGACUGAGUACUCGUUUUAUCUCCACGAAAAACACCACAAGAGAAUCAUUGGAUACGGAGGCAAGUCCAUACAGCGCCUUAUGAAGAAGAACGGGGUGUACAUCAAAUUUGACAGCAGCACAGAGAGCGGAAACAAUGUAAUCAUAAGAACUCCAAAAAAAAACAAAGACGCUUUGUACAAAAUGUACAAAGACGUUAUGGAGCUCGCAGGAGAGGUGCCUCUGAUGGCGCACGGAGCAUGGCGCCCUCUUUCCUUCUGCGACUUCUAUGCCCUGGCCUUUGACACUUUCAGGUUCAGAGUUGACUCCAUCGAGGUUUUCCACAGGGAGCCCAUCGCUGUUCAGUACUACUUUCUGAACGAUAAAACAUGCAAAGAGCAUCUUCUAGGCGACAAGACAGACAAAGAGCACAAAAAUGCCAUUUGCACUGUAGAAGAUAGGAUAGUCGUAGCUUCAUCUGUGUCCAUAGAUAAUUCAGAAAAAAUAACAAUGUCUACAUGGAAGAAUGACCAUACGCUUUCAAACUAUUUCCUGUGGAAGUACGAAGAGCCUUUGUUCUCUGACAGCGCCAUGUGGAGCAGACAGUGGAAGAAGUUCUCGGACUCCUGGGACAACGGGCCGUGGAGAAACAGCGGAUUUACAAAGUAG